UGGUCCUCCUUUUGCCCGCAGCAUGCUCCCCCGGGGGCUGGAGGAAGCGAUCCCCGCCGGCGUGCCUCUACUGCAAGACGUGCUGCUUCUGCUGCUCUCGCUGCUGGCCGCUUUCCACGUGGCGAAGCUUCUGGUGCAGAAGCGGCUGCGCCGAAGGAGGCUGGAGCCGCCGGGACCUUUCCCGUGGCCCCUGCUGGGCAACGCCGCUCAGCUGGGCCGUGCCCCUCACCUAGCUUUCGGGCGCCUGGCGGCCACCUACGGCGAUGUCUUCCAACUGCGCCUGGGCCGCUGGCCCGUGGUGGUCCUGAGCGGCGAGCGCGCCAUCCGCGAGGCCCUCAUCCGCCAGGGCGCAGCCUUCGCCGGCAGGCCGCGCUUCCCCUCCUUCCAGCUGGUGUCCGGCGGGCGCAGCUUGGCGUUCGGCGGCUACUCUGAGCUGUGGAAGCUGCAGCGGCGCCUGGCGCACUCGACGGUGCGCGCGUUCUCGGCGCACCGGCUGGUGGAGCGGCCGCUGCUGGCCGAGGCGCGCGCGGUGGUACGGCUUCUAGUGCGCGCCUCCGCCGGCGGCGCCUUCGUGGACCCGUCGCGGAGCCUGGUGGUGGCCGUGGCCAACGUCAUGAGCGCUCUCUGCUUUGGCCGCCGCUACAGCCACGCGGACGCGGAGUUCCGCCGCCUGGUUGGCAGAAACGAGCAGUUCGGACAGGCCGUAGGGGCGGGCAGCCUGGUAGACGCGCUGCCCUGGCUACAACGCUUCCCCAAUCCGGUGCGCUCCGCCUAUCGCGCCUUCCGCGCCCUCAACCGCGAAUUCUACAGCUUUGUGCGUCGCAAAUUCGUGGAGCACCAGAGUAGUCUCCGGCCGGGCGACGCCCUCCGAGACCUCAUGGACGCCUUCAUCCGCCUCCAGCAGGCCCAGCCCCGCCUGCAGGUGGAGCACGUGCCGGCCACCGUCACGGACAUUUUCGGCGCCAGCCAGGACACGCUCUCCACUGCUCUGCAGUGGCUCCUCAUCUUCCUCAUCAGGUACCCAGAGGUGCAGGCUAAACUGCAAGAAGAAAUAGACAAAGUGGUUGGCAGGGGCCGUUUGCCAUGUGCUGAGGAUCAGCUUCUUUUGCCUUAUGUCAUGGCUUUCCUUUAUGAAUCCAUGCGUUUCAGCAGCUUUGUGCCUGUUACCAUUCCACACUCCACCACAGUUGACACCACACUGAUGGGCUACCACAUCCCCAAAAACACAGUGGUCUUCAUCAAUCAGUGGUCAGUGAACCAUGACCCGGUGAAAUGGUCUGCCCCAGAAGAUUUUGAUCCAGCAAGGUUCCUGGAUGAGAAUGGAUUCCUUAACAAAGACCUCACUAGCAGUGUGAUGAUUUUUUCUGUGGGCAAACGUAGGUGCAUUGGAGAAGAGUUAUCCAAGGUGCAGCUCUUUCUUUUCAUUGCCAUAUUGGUGCAUCAGUGCCAUUUCACUGCUAAUCCAAAGGAAGACUCUCAAAUGGAUUUCACCUAUGGCUUGACUAUUAAACCUAAGCCAUUCACAGUUAAUGUUGUGCUUCGGGAAAAUAUGGAUUUGCUGGAUAGUGCAGUACAAUGACUGCAGGCAGAAAAAGACU